AUGCCAUCUAACACCUGGGUGGUGGUCGCUGUAGUAUGCUUACUUGUCUUUUUACUCGGUCGUAGCCCGCGGCAAAGCCUGAAAGACCGUCUUGUUCCACCCGGACCGAGACGUCUCCCGCUUCUGGGCAAUGCACAUCAAUUACCAUUGGAGUAUCAAGAGUAUACCUUUGGGACAUGGGCGAAGAAAUACGGCGAUCUCAUAUAUGCCGAGUUCUUUGGUAGCCGCACCAUCAUCAUUAACUCGUCUAAGAUCGCCCGGGACCUCUUGGACAAGCGGGGUGCUAUCUAUUCCAGCCGUCCGCGACUGGUGACCUUUGUCGAGCUGAUCGGCUGGGAUCCCACUUUGGUCUUUGCACUGUACCAGCAUGAGAGCCGGCGGAGGCAGCGGCGGUGGGUACAGGCCGCGUUCGGCGAGAAAGAUACAAUCCGACAGUAUGAAGGCCUACAACACAGGGAGGUUUGUAUCUUCCUGUCGAGUUUGAUACAAACACCUAAGGACUUCACCAUGCACAUCACUCGGUACGUAACAAUGUUUACCGUUGCGCUGAUCCUUGGAUCCGUCUACGGCCACCGAAUCACGUCCUUGGAAGAUGAAUACGUGACGCUGAUGGAUCGUGGCAUGGAGGCGACAAGUGCCACAGGUCCUGCCGGAGGAGGGAUGGUAGAUUACUUCCCACUCUGUGCCAUGAAUGGUCCUUGCUCUCGAACUUGGUGCUAUAGCGGAAACAGUCACAGGGCUUCGCCACCAUAUUCCUUGGUAUGGCCUAGCCCAUGGACGUCAAAUGCCCAUGGACACACGUCACAGGACUUCCAUACUUCUCGUGGGAUGCGUGUAUUUCCGUACACGCUGUCACAGCUUACUUACAGCAACACGGCUCCCGGCACUCGCUAG